CACAUUCCAGCAGCCAUGAAGCAACAAUGGGUCACUAUGUCUGCCCAAAUGACACCCAAGGCCAUAGCACAAGUCACUAACACGAGCCGCCGAACUAUCAACCGAGUUCUUCGGCUCUCUCAUCUCACAGGCUCUGUUGUCAGAAGGCCCUUGGAAAGCGGACGUCCUCAUCUGCUCAGUGCAGCAGAUGUAUUAUAUCUGUUGUCAUGUAUUGAGUGCACUCCAGACAUCUUCUUGUUGGAAUUGCAACAUGCGCUACACAAGGCGAGGGGAGUUGAAGUCUCUGAGAUAACUAUUGGACAAACACUG